AUGACAGUCCAUGUGGAUGCAAAGUCCAUUGGGAAAGAGGAGGAGCAUGAUGCUUAUUUCCAGCAGAACGAAGAAGAGCAAAAACUCAAUGUACAGAACGAUCCCGACCAACCCCAAACCAAGAACGAGCAGGAUGAACCUGAAUAUCCAGGUAUAGUCAAAGUCAUCUUGAUAGUGUCGUCGCUAUUUAUCACCGUGUUCCUAGUGGCACUUGACCAGACAAUUAUCGGCACAGCCAUUCCGAAAAUCACUGAUCAAUUCCAUUCCGUUGGAGACGUUGGAUGGUAUGGAAGUGCGUACUUCCUGACAUCGACGGCUCUUCAGCCAACAUACGGUCGCAUCUACAAGAUUCUGAGCGUUAAAUGGGCCUUUCUCGCUGCUAUCUUUGUCUUCGAACUUGGUUCCCUGAUGUGUGGUGUCGCUCCGAAUAGUUCUGUUUUGAUCGGUGGUAGAGCCGUGGCUGGCUGUGGUACUGCGGGAAUCUUCUCAGGAUCCUUGAUUAUUCUCAGCUAUUGUAUCCCCCUCCGACAACGUCCUAUGGUGUUUGGUCUUUUCAGUGCUGUCUGGGGCCUGGCAUCUGUCGUCGGACCGCUUCUCGGCGGUGCUUUCACCGAUCACGUCUCCUGGCGGUGGUGUUUUUAUAUUAACCUGCCCAUAGGAGGUCUUGCGGCCGUAGUCGUCCUGGCAAUCCUCCAUAUUCCUCAGAAAGAAAGCCCCGAAACCCCAUCCUGGAAACAGAAAAUGAUGGAGCUCGAUCUUAUCGGCGCAGCACUCUUGAUACCCGCUAUUGUCUGUCUUCUCCUCGCGUUGCAAUGGGGUGGGAGUAAAUACGCAUGGUCCAACUCUCGCAUAAUCGGCCUGUUUAUUGGUUUUGGAUUGAUUAUCAUAUUGUUCGCAUUCUCACAGUGGAAGCUUGGGGACCGAGCUACUCUUCCACCACGCAUUCUUAAGAAGCGAUCGGUAUGGUCAGCUUCUAUAUUUGCCGUGUGCUUUGGAGGAGCCUUUUACCUCCUCAUGUACUAUCUCCCCAUUUACUUCCAAUCGGUCAAGGACCACUCGGCGACAAAAUCGGGCAUUGACCUGCUCCCCAUUCUUCUUGCAUCUGUGAUAUCGUCGAUCUUAUUGGGUGGUGUGAUUACCAUUGUUGGCUACUAUACCCCGUUUCUAUUAUUCAGUACUGUUCUCUUCUGUAUCGGUACUGGCCUCUUGACGACUUACAGUCCUACUAUAUCGACUGGGAAAUGGAUCGGAUAUCAGAUUCUUGCGGGUAGUGGUAUCGGUGCGGGAUUCCAAGUGCCCAUGACAGCUGUGCAGACGGUUCUAUCCCAGGACGAUAUACCUAUCGGGUCUGCGAUCGUUGUGUUUUCCCAAAGUUUGGGUGGUGCGCUGUUCAUAUCCGUUGCUCAAUCGGUUUUCCAAAAUGGGCUGGUCAGCUAUCUGGAUUCGCACUCUGAGGAUAUCGAGUCAAGUGUUAUUGUGGGUGCCGGUGCAACUGGUGUUCGACAAGUACUUGCGCAAAUGGGCAAGUUGAAUGAGCUUCCUACCGUGGUAAAUGCUUAUAUGAAUGGCCUGGGUAACGCUUACAGAGUGAGUUUGGCACUGACUUGCCUGGCGUUUAUUGUCUGUCUUUUUGUGGAGUGGAAGAGUGUUAAGAAGGAGAAAGGGGGUGGGCUAGAGCCUUCGUUGGCUGUUUGA